CUGCCACCUUGAUAAGGGAAGUGUUGUUGGCACGAUGAUAGGCUUGAUCACAGGAUAAGUCUUAUCUAGUUUAAGAAUUCGGUGAUUUUGAACCCAAGUAACCUGUCCCAGUACAAUUGGUGUAUGAAGUACCUCAGUACCUUAUAUUUGUAGCAUAUUUUAGCCGAAAAGUCCACAGGCACAAUAAAGUAAUGGCAUCUAAAGGCGGACCUAUUGCUGUAGGUACAGAUGGGACCGAUUUUGCUCAUCGGCAAAGGAUAGCUGCUCAGUAUCAAAUAAGUGCUCUGAACAAGUCUCGACUGAAAUAUUGCAUUUUUUUCCACUACCUUCUGUUUUUUGCAAUGUUGGCAAAGCUGUCUGCAGACAUUCUUGAUCGUCUGGAUAUAUUUAUAUUAGAAAUAGAAGAAUUGCAAGUUCCAGAGCCAUUGUGGUGGGAGUACAUCUGGUGCAUUAGCCUUCUCCUCUCAUUUCUUGGACUCUCAGCAGUACGGAAAAACCGAGUAAAAACUAUGCAGAGAUACAUGACAGGAAUCAUAAUAUUUGGGUUUGCUCCCCUGUUGUAUGCUGCAGUGUACUACUUCAGGGAUACCUGGAAAUACCUAAGCACAGGGGAAAUUGAUCACAUAAUGGUGUGGCAGGGUUAUCCAUAUGGUCUACUGUGGUAUGCAUUCAUCUUGUUGGCCAUUCAGGUUCACCUGUUCUCAUUGUACUUUGCUUCGAACUUGGUAGUUGCCUGGAGAGCUCGAGGGACGAAGAAAGACGAAUGAGCUGAAUGAAACCUCGUGUCUACCUGUGUGUUGUUGCUUGUCACUGUAUGUUGUCCCCAUCAGUCAAUAUGUGCAUGAUGUAAAGGCACUUCCUUGUAAAUGACACAAACUGAUGACAGAGUUGCGCAUGUCAAACAAUACACAGAAGCCUAGCAUUCCCAUGUUGUCCAGUUUAAAAUUGAAAGCUGCAACAAGUUUAAGACGUCCCACACUUUCACUCUGAGCCUUAUCGAUAUUAGGAGUUAAAUUCCAACAUAUGGAUGUAGUUUCUGCAAGCAAUCAGUACUUCAUGUGAAGGAAAUUACAUUUUUCAUGGAUUAUAAAAUUACCACAAAAAUCCUUUGGAAUUAAAACUUUAUAAAGAAAAAAUAAUUUUUUUGUUAAAAUUAAAAUGAACCUUAAGGUUAUUGCCCUGUUUAACUUUCUCACUAUGUAAGGAUUACCAACCUUCAAUAACAUUUCAAUCAGACGAUACAGCUGUGCUCAAAGUAAAUAUGAAAAAUUGAUUAUAAAUACAUUGCAUUGUUUUGCUAUCUCUUAACUUACAUUUUAAAUUACAUACAAGAGUAAGACCAGCCUGAAAUCAGUAUCUACAUCAUAUUGUGUGCAACCAAGCAUAAUCCAACUCGUUGAUUUUAUCUAUUUGGUGGCAUGCUAAGGGUAAUUUGAUAACUAUUUUAUUUGUUUAUAUAUUUAUUUUUUAUUUAAUGAUAGUAUGAAAAUCUCAUACUGUAUUGUGUCACUUUACUGUCUUCUAGGAUGUAUUGCACAAGUGAGAUAUAAGUUAUGAAAUUGAAAUGGGUAAACAAAACUAGUUAAUAUAUCUCAAAUACCAUGCCAUAUUCGCCUACAUGUAAUAUGCAUCUCUUUCCUCUGUGCCUCCCAGAGACUUUACUAUGCAUUAUAGUUAUACAUCUUCAAUUGUUAGAUAUUUUACUAGUUGUCUGUAAAAAGUGUGCAUAACUAUGAUAUGGAGUUGAUUUUUUGGGGGAGGCUGUAAACAUUAUAUUUGGACAAAUGCUUUAUUCACUAAGCACAACAAGGGGUUAGGCCUGAAUUGUUUAAUUUGUGCAGCUGUGUUCAUCAGUAACAAAUUACUUUCACAGUUUGCUUUCUGUUUUGUUGAGACAAAACAGAUGCAGACUAGAGUACUUCCAAGGACUGUCUGUUUUCAAUAGAAAUGUCUCAAGUUUCCCCAAAGCUGUAACUUCCACUCACAUAUCCUGUUCCAACAUGGGGGAAGAUGUAAACCAAGUGCAAUAACCAGCUCAGGAGGUGCCAUGAAGAUGGAUUAUUUUUGUAAGCUGUAUAAGAAGCACAAAUGUAUAUAAAUAUUUUCAGCUCAGAGUUGAUAAAGUAGCAUGAAAACAUGUUAAUUGUGUGUAGCAGUGGGAAGGAUAGAUAUUGGCAGUAAGCUGGAAUGCAACAAGACCACAUAGAAACUUAUAAGAGGAGAGAAAGAGAAUUUCCCUUUCCUAUUGUUGCACCCAUUUGUCCUAGGUGUUCUCAUUAAAUAUGCAGCAGACAUCUGUCUCCACAACUUGAAUAUAAUGGCCACAAAACAUUUGUUUCAAUGUUAUUAAAUGCAUCAAAUAAAGAAAGUUUAAUUUAUAAUUAAUGAUCUGUAUCAAAUUCAAUAAAGUCUUUGUCAGGGAUCUGAUGAGGUCCGGACUGUUCUCGAAAUUUAAGUUUUGUGCAACCGCCUGACUUGGCUGAUUUUCCUAGAAGACUUCGUUGAAUUUAGUCACCAUGAAAGCUAUAGAUCAUACAUCUGUAUCAAAUACUUUGAAGUGUUAUCAAGGGCCAAAAAUUGGCAAGAGAAACAAUUAUCAGUUUUUACUGUGUUACUCUGCGAUUGUACAUAGUAUAUUCCCCCAGAAUCAGGACUCCAGAAAUGCACUUAAGAUGUAAUAAACUUUAAUUUCUGUACCAUAUUCUUCCAUGACAUACUGAGCAUUAUUCUCUAGGUAAUUGCAAAGUUCAGUAUAUCAAUACAAGCAAUGAAGGUGUCUUUGUAAAAAUCAUACCUGCAGAACUUGGUAACCAACACACCACUACUGGACAAGAGAACUAUAUGAAGAAUAAAUUGAAACAAAUGUAAGUUUUGGGUUUACUAAUGAUGCUGUCAGUAACUCAGGCUAUAUAUGACUGGAAAAAAAAAAUUAUGGGUUAACAGAAGUUGGUGUGAUUCAAUAUGUUUUGUGUUAAUAUCUUUGCACUGUCUGAAAUUUAUCUGCAAGGGAACUUGGCUGUAACGGACGGGAAAAAUAAAGUCAAACUGUCUAGUAUAUGUCCGAGUACUGUAAUGGACAUAUGCAACAGUAAAAAUGAUAGCAAGGAAGGAAACUGAAAAUGUGUACUGCCUGUUAACAGUGUGGCAUACAUGUUGCAUGAAUUUUUUAUUUAUGGCUUGGAUAAAAGUUUUAGUGUAUCUUCUGUUACAAAAUACAAUAUUUAUUUUGGUGAAUAUUUAUUUCAGUAUGCUUAAACGUAUUUAGACCUUUACUGGCCAUGUUUUCCAGUUUUGUCUAUAAUCCCAUACAGUUGAUAAAUUUUCUUAUGGGUAGUACAUACUGGAGCCCUGAAGGGAUAAUAAUAUUGUGAUUCUGAACUUUAGUCCUGUGCAUUGCACAUUCCUUAUCACUAAUAUUGCUAGUGUAUGUUGUAAAUUGAUGCUCAAUAUUGUUAUGCUCUUUGAAACUGAAUUACAAAGUAAUGUAUGAGAUUAUAAACCACCAUGAUGGGUUAAAAAAGCAUGAUACCUUCAGUAACUGAUUCAGAUAUACUUUGUAGUAAUGGCUGUUCCCUGUUAUUGUUGAGGUUAUGGCUGUUGUAAUUUUAUUGAUGAAAGUCUCAUUAAUACAGUUUUAUAGUUUAGAAUUAAUAAUUUACAUUGCUCUCUCAUAAUUUGAAAGGGGGAAAUCAAUUUUUACUAAAAAAAUUUCAGUUUUAGCCAUUCAUAUGUAAUGAAUUAUAAUUCCAUAACAUUGUCUUUUACUCAACAGCAUUAAUCAAAUUUUAAAUGUAAUAAUUAUUCAUUUAGACAUUCUAAUGUGGAAAUUAGUGAAAUGGCCAUUUUAGAGCUAAUGUGAUUAAAGCACAGAGAUACCAAAAUAUAAAAUAAGUUGUAUUGAUGCUAAAAAAUUAGUUUUCAGAGAAAUUAUGUAAACAGAAGGCUACAUGCAGUGUCUGUAGAUAAACCAGUAAGACCAUCUGUAUUAUUAUUGUAACAUCCCAGUGCCCUAUUCCCCUGAACAAUGCCUUGCAUUCCUCAAAGCAGAGAUUUUAAAAUGUGAUGACCACAAGCUAUUUUCAGCAUUAACUAAAUUAAUAACUACAUUUAAGGAGUUAUCAAUUUUUGUUCUAAUAUUGGGAUACAUUUUAAGAAAAUAAGUGCAGUACCUAUUUCUCUUCAUGUCCAAUGAUUGAACCUCCAUAUAUAUGUUGGAACGUCCAUGACAGACUUUUUAUUCAUGAAUGUGGCCUCAGCAGAUUUAGAUUUCGGAACAUGCUCAGAAAAUUGUCUGUUUGCAGUCAUGAAGCUGUAGAUUGCUUCAGACAUUGUGAAUCAAAGGGGCAGAACCAUUAAGAAAUUCUGAUGUACUCUAAACACUGCAUAUCAAAUGGCCUGUCUUAUUGUUGAAGUUCAUAUAUUUGUUAAGUUUAUCUGAUUUAUACCUUGGAAUAGAAUUUAGACAGGGUUGUGUUGAGUCAUAAUUAUGUUUGGUUUAAUGUUAAAUGAACACAUGUAUGCUGCAACAUAUUUUGUAGUGUGAUGUUGGAAGCUCAUAUAGGAAGGUUUCCUUCACAAUGUAGUAGUUUAUUGUAUCCUCACUUGUCCAUAAAAAUAAUAUUCCUUUUGUGGACCAUUUUUUCACUGCCACUAAGUAGACAUGAUUGAAUAAGUCUAGACCUACACCCAGAUUUUGAAUUUCACUGAACAUUGUGAAGAGGUUUGUAUCCUUUUGUUUUCUCACAGCUGUAGGGUUCUUACAAAGGUCAUGACAUACCACACUGGUUACUCCCUUUUGGACCCUCGACUCACAACUGUGCAAGACAGUAUAACUAUUCAAAUCAGUCUUCUCUAGUUCUGACCGUUCAUGUGGUGAUCUUGUGGUUAGAACAGAAGUCUCCUGCCCCUGGACAUAAUCAUAGUUGUUCGACAUGGGAUUUGCGGUGGACAAACUUACACUGGACCUGAUUUAAACAACUUUUUGUCUGAGCCGUUUAAGGUAAAUAGAACAAUUCUUGUGUCUUGUGCAAGAGAAAUAAUUAAAUCAGCAAUAGUCUAGAACAUAACUGUAGAUAGGACAGUCUAAGAAACUUGGAACUGUAACUUAUCCUGUAUUUUAAUCAUAUGACAAUGAUUAUCCAAGAAGGAAAAACAACUCCAUAGGCUUAGGCAUACAUGGGAGGAUAAACUAACAGAGUGUAAGGCUGUGGACUGCUUUUAUAUGGCUGAUGAUACGAUCCAGUGGCAGGCUUCUGUGAACAUGGUAAUGCUAAGCUUUGGGUUCCAUAAAAAGCAGGGAAUUUCUAGAUUAGCUGAGUGACUAUUAGAUUAUCACAAAAUAUUCUGCUCCAUGGAGUUAAUUUGUCAGUGUUUACCUAUAAUCCCUCAUGAAAACCUGAAUAUAAAUACUAUAUUGUAUCAUUUGCUGAUUUUUAUUCAACUCGGAAGUCGUGAAGAUGGCUGUCUUCUGGAUUGUAGUGCCAUGUGGUCUGGAAAAAAUUACCGAUGUUUCAGAGGUCCUUGCUACCAUCAUCAAGAUGAUGACAAUGGCAGCAAGGACCUUUGAAACAUAGGUAAAUGUCUACCAGACUAUGGCACAACAACCAAGAGGACAUCCAUAUUCAUACUCGCCACCAUAACCUUAAAUUCUACUCAGAUGAUAUGCAUCUUUACAAUUCAGCAUUUGUGUGUCAAAAACACUUUGUCCAUUAAUGUAUCUUUUAAUUGAUAAAGUAUUUAAGAAAUACCAUCAUUUUGCUGUAAAAUCAUUAGACCAAGAAACGUGAUGAUCAGAACAAGUUCAAAUGUCAAUGUCUUUUAAGAACCCUACAUUUGAUAUUAUAAAUAGAGUAACAAGCCCCUUUUAGUUAGGUGGUAUGUCUAGCAAGGUUGCAAAAUGCAGUUGGUAGCCAGAGACCAAGACAUGACAAAGUGCUGGCUAGUGAUCAUAUCAGCUUGGCCACUGCUGAUGCACCUCAUAGCAAUAUUGUACAGCAGCAUUUAAGAGUAGAUCCUAAACUAUAACCAAUACUGUAUCAAUGUUUUAUUAUUAUUGGUGGUCUCUGUCAUUAUACCAUUUGACUCCCGGCAGCAUGUUUAUAAUAUUACAUUUAUCAUAAUUCAUGUUGUGUAAUUGUUAGUACGUGCUGCAGCUUCUUUGAGUUAUGCUGUUUUAAGAGGUAGAUUCUUACUGAUGGGAAAUUAGUUGGUAAAUUCCAGUUGUGAAGGAAGUUUUAUGAUUAUGUUCAUUGUAUUUUAAUUUUGUACAAAUUUUGGAGGUACAUUAUAAAGUGACCAUGUUGUGAUAUUCCAUGUGCAGUAUUUGUCUAGGAAUGUUGUAAGUUGAAUGUAUUCUGCUGUAUGUUCACGAGUUAGGGGGUGUUGAAUUUUUGGUGCACCUAUAUAAAUAAAACAAUUUUGAUUGUU